UCUGUGUCUCUGUCUCAGCCAUGUCCCCGGUCCUGGCGGGCUUCCUGGGAGCCGGUGUUCUGGUCCUGGUCGUGGUGGUCCUGGUCUUGCUCUGGUCCUUCUGCCAGCGCCGCUACCUGCGCAGCACGGGCCGCUACAAGCUGCACGGCGACCGCUACUGCGACGCCGAGGACCCCCCUUACAAGUUCAUCCACAUGCUGAAGGGGAUCAGCAUUUACCCAGAAUCCCUCAGCGGCAGCAAGAGGAUAGUGCGCGGCAUCCGGCGCGCGGAGCGCUCCAACCGGGACGGGGACCGAGGCUGCUCGGGCGCCGCGGGACGAGGCCUGGUCCUGGUGGACGCUGAGAACAACAUCCUGGACGUCCCGGGCCAGCUCCAGAUGAGUCACCUGGUCCCGCCCCCCGUGCCCGGGGGGGCGCCCGGCGUGGGCCGCGUGGAGCGCGUGCUACCGGUCCGCGCCGACUACUGCUGCCUGGACAGCAGCUCCGCCAGCAGCAGCCAGACCAGCAGCAAGACGGCGUCCCCGUUCACGCCGGCGUCCUCGGACCCGGACCCCGAGCCGAGCCUGGGCGCCAUCAGCCUCACGGUGGACUACAACUUCCCCAAGAAGGCUCUGGUGGUGACGGUGGUGGGGGCGCGCGGCCUCCCGGCCAUGGACGGGCAGGCGGGCAGCUCGGACCCGUACGUGAAGAUGACCAUCCUGCCGGAGAAGAAGCACCGCGUGAAGACCCGCGUGCUGAGGAAGACCCUGGACCCGCUGUUCGACGAGACCUUCACCUUCUACGGCGUGGCGUACAGCGCGCUGCCGGACCUCACGCUGCACUUCCUGGUGCUCAGCUUCGACCGCUUCGCCCGCGAUGACGUCAUCGGCGAGGCCGUGGUGCCGCUGAAGGGCGUGGACCCGAGCACGGGCCGGGUCCACCUGAGCCAGCAGAUCACCAAGAGGAACAUGCAGGUGAGAAUCACCUUUAGAGCCCGACCCAUAAAUCCAGAACAACACCAGCCAUUCAUCAUGGCACACUAA